GGAUCCGUAUGUCUAAUAUCUUUCUCACCAGGUAGUUGAAUUGUGAAUCCUUCAAUUCAUUUUGCGACAAAUACAAUAUGUAAGAUCAAGAUAUCGGUAUGUCUCUUAACAUCAAAAACAAAAAAGUAUUAACUACUAAAACUCUCUUAGUUGUUUUGGAGGGCUUCUAGGCGAGAAGUCUAGAAAAGGAUCACUAUGCCAUCUGGGAAUUUUGUUUUUCGUAUCAGCUUGUAGAAGUUCUAUCUUGUCCUCAACAUCAGAAUACUUAUAUUGUUCUCAGUUUGGUCAGAAGACGAUAGUAUUCGUGUUCGUCCAACAAACUCCAUCCUCUGUACCCAUAGAUAGUACAACUACAACUCGUUAUUUAGAAGUAAAAAUUAUUGUCAUCAGUAUUUAAUAGUCAUCAACUAAAACUAAGCAUACAUAGUUACAGCACGAGGAGCAAAUGGCGUAUGCACACCAUCUGGCUGGAGGCCAGCAAGAGGGCGACGCGCCAUCUUCGACGCGACAUGGUGAGUUCAUAAAAGGGGAAAACAAUUAUGAUAACACUGACUCUGACUGGUGAUAGAGAUAGAAUGAGAAUCCUGUCAUCGUCUCAAACAUCAAUAAGAGAAUAGCAAGAACGGCAAAGUUUUUGAUCGCAUUUAGCAUAUCACAACCAAGGAGAAUUACAAGCAACAUAAAUCUCUAAUCUCGUGAGAGUCCGUCGCGGUUCAUACAAAGCGCUUCGGCGGGACGAAGCGCCAUCCCCCACAAAAAGGAAGCAACGAUUAUGGCUACAGUAUUUAUAUAAAUGCAAGAAUAGACCACGUAGAAGUUUUGGUUUAGAGCAGCAUGGACGGUCAAUGCUUAUACUAUAGAUACUAAGAGUAGCACGAAGCGAGUCUGCUGAAGAUUCUUGUGAGUACAACCAGUUCAACUCUUUUUGCAUGAUUUGACCCCGACCUUGUAUUAAUUUUACACUAUCGCAAGAAUCCCAAUCUCUAAGCCUUUGGCAAGACAAAAAAGCAGGAAGCUUUACGCUGGCUGCGAAGACGUGCUUUAUUCCGACUGCAGUUGGGCUGUUAGUGCCUAUUGUCGCGCUGCAACUGCCAAGAAGUUGUCCGUGCUGGAACCGACGAGUGGUAGUUGCAAUUAACUCUUGUUCCUCCUGGUAAAAAAUUUACAGUCGUUUCAAGCUGCAUCUCUGCUGCUAAGCUCCUUUCUUCAAGCACUGUCUGAGUUCUCUGCUCCACCUAAGCUCCUUGAAAUCGUCUUCUGGCUCCGCACUCGUUCAUCACAGCAUACACAGAAGAUUGAAUGAUGUUGACCGGGUCCUCCCAUUCUUCUGCUUGAAAGCGCAUUCUUAACUUCUAAUCUUCUGGAAGCGCACGAUGCUCUUCUGAAGUUGUAGAGCUACAUUGUGAAGACAAGGUUGCUAGGAACUCACUGCGUUGAAGGGAAAAAUGUGAGGAGUGGGAAACUGAAUUUGAACCACUGAGGUUGUCGCUGAGGAAGAAAACAAUUAAUCACUUUGCAGUGACAAACUCUGCAUCACCUCUCGCUAGGCAAAUUCAUUCAUUCACUCACUCACUCGCUACAACCAUCUACAACUUCAGAAGAACAUCGUGCGCUUCCAGAACUGGAGGGGCUUGCGCGAUGCAUGGGUGGCGCUUUGGCCAAGCAUGAUAUUUACGGGCAGACUUAGACUACAUAGCCAUUUUGGCUCAAGCCACACGCUGUUAUACUACGUGAAAUAACCGCUACCGCUUAGAUAACGAAUCGACCCUACACCAUUCUCAUGAUAUCAUGACACGUUGAUGUACAUGUACUUAACUAUAUUCCCUUAUAGAUAGAUAAAUGUGUCCUCACAUGCGGAGGUUCGAGCAUGUUUCGGUCUAGAAAAGUUCAAUCUAUUAUGGCACUUCAAUGGCCUCGAACGUUCACCCCCUCAUAAUUGAGCCGACUCCUAUCCUAUCCUAUCCUAUCCUAUCCUAUCCUAUCCUAUCCUAUAGACAAUUCGAUGACGAUGACGAUGAUGCUUUCUUCAAAAGAGAAAGUAGAAAAACCUCCUAUUCACUCUCCUUGUCCUUCUUCUACUUACGCCUAGUAUCUACUACUUGUUCUUUCUCUUGGUUCAACAUCGAACCACCAUAAGAAAGCUCCUUCUGAAAUCCCUUUCUGAAAGCCCUGUUCCCGAUCUUCUAACCCCACGUAGUAAAGCACAUGUAUGCAGCGGGCGCUGGGUCGUUAGGUGGCAUGCAAGAAGUCCUGGAUGGCGGUCCGACCAAAGAGGCAGAAGAGCAACGCAGAAGGGAUUGUGGAGGACAUGCAACGACUCCUGGUAUAAUUAAUGUCUUCAAGAAGAACGAGAAUACUGCAACUCCACCUUCGUAAAAUACUUAAGUCAAAAAUGUUUAGAUGUUCAUGUUGACAAUCUGGGUGGCCGCUGGCACUCCUACUUGCAUCUUCGAAUUCGAAAUGAUCAUGCCGAGAAAGUAACACUUCGCGUUGAUGCAAAUUUAGAGUCGAAACACAAUCUCCAACCAACGCCUAUGAGGUACCCGAUACUGGGGUCAGCAAAUCGAUAAUCAGCACAAGAGGCGCAAGGGAGUAGACUCGAAUCCAAAGCUGAAUCUGCAAAGUCAUAUGGCACUAGAAAUACAGACUCAACAGAAGAUUCACGUACAUGUUGAUCAUAUUAAACUGAUAGAAGUACUUCUAAGACGCACUAUGAUCAGAUCUUCGUCUUCUGUUGUAUACGGAGAUGAGAUUGAGAACCAGGUGAAAAAUAUCUCCACAAUUAUAGGCUUAACUCAUCUCUAACCUCUAGCUGUACUCCUGUCUCGGCAAGCUUCAGAACACGUUUCUGUGGACCACCGUAUCGUCCCCACCAGCUUUGAGGUCGAGUGAAGAGAAAACCGAAGUAAACGACGUCUGGGACCAGUGCCUCUGGAAAUUUUACCAAACACCUUUGACCAAAGUUGUCGAGAACCACUUGUGAAGAUGAAGGUGUGGUCUUGUGAAGAAAGUGUGGUCUUGUGAAGAAAGUAUGGCAUUGUGACUAAGACUUUACUCAGGUCACCUGCCUCGGUGCUCGUAGACUCUACACAGGUCACCCAUCAUCCUCGGAGGCGAGCAGGUGCCGGUGGGGCUCGUUGUGCAGGAUUCACAACCUAACCACCUAACCUAUGGCCGAAUGAAACAGUCGUGGCGCGUUUCAAUAUUACUUACAACAUUUUUCUUAUCAUCGUACAACAUCAGAUCAUGAAAGAAGGAGGUCUUACGUAGACUACAUCAACACCUACAUCAACUGCAUCUAGAUCUACAUUCUCUUCAAUUUCGAUUAGACUUGGAGGCAGCGUUGUAUGGGUCGUGGUAAAGGGUGUGGGUGGUAAAUAACGUGGUUGUCUGUUCUUCUUUCUUUUUCCUUAUACACAAAUCAAUAAUUGCACCUCUCCAGUUUCUCUAUCCGACUCCGACAAAAACAAACAUUUUCUUAUUCAACAUUUUGUCCGUCGUACUCGUACCACAACUACGUAGAUGAUAAAUAAAAAGAGAAAUAUUCUGUUGAAUAAAUUUUCACUUUCUGAUUUCAGGUCCUGUCUUCAUUCGUAUAUGUGCUCUGCCUCUGCCUAGAAGAUGGAGCAUCGUAGUUUUUCUUAUUUGAAAAUCAUCUUCUUGUAGUUGAUUCCAGUAUGUAGUUUGAGUGUGUCUUCUGAAUGCCAGGAAAUGAGGAAAAAAAGACUCCCUGCAGGUGGACAGGCAGUUCGUUGUCAUAUGAGGAGAGUCGUCAGAUGGUCUUUGUAGUGUGUCCCUCUUCUGUCAGUUGUGGAGGUGUACCUUCAAUUUUUUUUGAUUUGUACGCGUCAUCUGUCAUCUUAGUAUUGAAAACAAAAUCUUCCGUGGUGGUCGUGGUCAGAAUUUGGUACAUUCAAAAUUCUUUUGCAUGACAACUACAAGCGUCUAAAACUGAGAAACAGUUCCGUAUCCUUUGAUGCCGACAAACUUCUUUCACCCCAAUUGAUCCAGUAACCCUUCGAUUGGACUUGGUGGCGGCAUAGUUUUGAUUGCGAUGAUGAUAGUUGUGCAGGAGUAGCAGUGGUUGUUACAGUGUCAAAAAUGAUUGAACUAAACAAGAAAGCCUAGAAGCAUCAUCUGCGGUCGGUGUAUGUGUGCGAGCAGUUGCGCUGAUCUGUUGUAGUGUGCGAGCAGUAAUCAGAGACGACUUACUUUUGGUUGAGAACAAACCUUUCAACAUCAUUUUAGCUUCUGGUCUUAUGCUCAAGACGAACGAU